UAGGUCCUGCCUUGGAAGCUUUGCUGCGGGCUGUGCAGUGCAAUCUGCCAGGUCCCCCAAGGAGGGAGUGCGCAUGUGCCACACUCACCCUGCCUGAGUCCAGGUGAGAUUGUGGCAUCGCCCAGGGGAGAUUCGCUAGCCGCUGCCUUUCCCCAAGCUGGAGCAUGGAGGAGGAAGAGGAGGAAGAAAUCACCUCUGAGCUGCUGACAGCCAGGCCCCAGGUCUGCUGGAUUUCAUGUUGUCCAUAAGGGUGCCGUCAUCCAUUCCAAGCACCAAUGGAAUUGGUGACAUUCCAAGAUGUGGCCGUGGACUUCACCCAAGGGGAGUGGAGAAGGCUGGGCCCUGCUCAGAGGGCCCUGUACAGGGAGGUGAUGCUGGAGAACUUUGAGAACCUCGUCUCCCUGGGACUUCCAGUUUUGAAACCAGAUGUGAUCUCCCGUUUGGAGAAAGGAGAAGCACCAUGGAUUCCCAAGGGAGAAAUUCUAAGAGAACCUGGCCCAGGCUCCCUUCUUCAGAAAAGGCGGCGUAUCCCUGAGGACCAAUCUCUGAGUCAGGGCAUUUGCAUGAAAGCAUCCUCUAAGGAAAGACUGCAAAAGAGGAUUCACACUGGCAAGAAAUGCUGUAAAGUCAGCAAAUUUGGGGAAGCCUUCAGCCACAAUGCACCCCUUAUGCGUUGUGAGAGAAUUACUACUGGUGAUAACUCAAAAGAAUGUGGAAAAGCCAUUAGACAGUUGAGAAGCCUUGAUGAUCAUCAGAGAAUUCAGGCUAAAAAUAAACUACAUCUUUCUAAUGAUUUUAGGAAAACUCUUACUAUACACCAGAGAGUUCAGGUUGAUGAGAAACCCUUUGAUUAUAAUGAAUGUGGCAAAGACUUUGAAAGGAGAUGUAAACUAAAUGACCAUCAGAGAAUUCAUACUGGAGAUAAACCCUUUGAGUGCAAUGAAUGUGGGAAAAACUUUAGCCUAAGAUCAUCACUUAUUUUACAUUGGAGAAUUCACAGUGGAAAGAAACUCUUUGAAUGUAAUGUAUGUAGGAAAGGCUUCCAUUACAAAUCUUACCUUAUCCUACAUCAGAGAAUUCAUACACGAGACAAACCCUUUGAGUGUAAUGAAUGUGGAAAAACCUUCAGAUGGAAGAGUCAACUUGAUAAGCACAAGAGGAUUCAUGUUGGAGAAAAUCAUUUGGAAUCUGAGAACUGUGAAAAAGAAUUCAUAAGCCAAAGGGGAAAUGUUGCUGAAGAUGAAAUAAUUCGUACCGUAGAGAAACCCUUUAAGUGUAACGAAUGUGGCAAAGCCUUUCAAUGGAAAUGUAAACUUAAUGAGCAUCAGAGAAUCCAUAGUGGAGAGAAACCCUUUGGAUGUAAUGAAUGUGGAAAAAACUUCCGCCUGCGAUCAUCACUUAUUUUACAUCAGAGCAUUCAUAGUGGAGAGAAACCCUUUGGGUGCAGUGAAUGUGGAAAAGCUUUCCACAACAAAUCUCAGCUUACAGUACAUCAGAGACUUCAUACUGGAGAGAAAACUUUUGAGUGUAAUGAAUGUGGGAAAAUCUUCUACAACAAAUAUCACUAUACUCAACACCAGAGAAUUCACACUGGUGAGAAGCCCUUUGAGUGUAUUGCCUGUGGGAAAAAAUUCAGCUUAAGGUCAUCACUUAUCAAGCAUCAGAGAAUUCAUACUGGAGAGAAGCCUUUUGAAUGUAUUGAGUGUGGGAAGAAUUUUAGUGAGAAAUCAUCACUUAUUAAACAUCAGAGAAUUCAUACUGGUGAGAAACCCUUUGAGUGUCAUGAAUGUGGGAAGAAGUUUAGCUGGAGGCCAUCACUUAUUUCACAUCACAGAAUUCAUACUGGAGAGAAACCCUUUGAAUGUAAUGAGUGUGGGAAAAACUUUAGCCAACGGACAUCACUUACUCUUCAUCAAAGAACUCAUAGUGGAGAGAAGCACGUUAAAUAUAAUAACUCUGGGAAAGACUUCAUGCAGAAGGACCAACUUAUUGAACAAGAGAAAACUCAUAUUGGAGAAAAACCCUUUAAGUGUAAUGAAUGUGGAAAAAACUUCAGCCUGAGGUUGUCACUUGUAGCACAUCAGGGAAUUCAUACUGGAAAAAAACCCUUUGAAUGUACUGAGUGCAGGAAAGUCUUCAUGUGGAAGAGUCAGCUGAACAAACAUAAGAGAAUUCACACAGGAAAGAAACCCUUCAAGUGUAAUGAAUGCCAGAAGGCCUUCCAUGACAAAUACCAUCUUACUGUACAUCAGAGAAUACAUACUGGAGAGAAGCCCUUUAAUUGUAAUGAAUGUGGGAGAAACUUUAGUGAGAGAUCAUCACUUAUAAAACAUCAGAGAGUUCAUACUGGAGAGAAACCCUUUGAGUGUAAUGAAUGUGGAAAGAACUUUACUCAGAGAUCAUCACUAACUUCACAUCAAGGGAUUCAUACUGGAGAGAAACCCUUUGAAUGCACUGAAUGUGGGAAAGCCUUCCAUUUCAAAUCGCACUUUAUUGUACAUCAGAGAAUUCAUACUGGAGAGAAACCCUUUGUGUGUAAUGAAUGUGGGAAAAACUUCAGCCAGAAGUCAACAUUAAUUUCUCAUCAAGGGAUUCAUAAUGGAGACAAACCCUUUGAAUGCACUGAAUGUAGGAAAACCUUCUGUUUCAAAUCUCACUUUACUAUACAUCAGAGAAUUCAUACUGGAAAGAAAACCUUUGAGUGUAAUGAAUGUGCGAAAGCCUUCUACAGCAAAUCCCACCUUACUGUACAUCAGAGAAUUCAUACUGGAGAGAAAACCUUUGAAUGUAAUGAAUGUGGGAAAGCCUUCUACAGCAAAUCUCACCUUACUGAACACCAGAGAAUUCAUACUGGAGUGAAACCUUUUGAGUGUAAGGAGUGUGGGAAAAGCUUUCGCCAGAGGUCAUCAUUUAUUUCACACCAGAGAAUUCACACUGGAGAGAAACCCUUUGAAUGUAACGAAUGUGGGAAAAACUUUAGCAGAAGGUCAUCACUUAUUUCACAUCAGAGAAUUCAUACUGGAGAGAAACCCUUUGAGUGUCACGAAUGUGGGAAAAACUUUAGUCGUAAAGCAACACUUAUUUCACAUCAGAGAAUUCAUACUGGAGAGAAACCAUUUGAAUGUCAUGAAUGUGGGAAGAACUUUAGUCAGAGGUCAUCAUUUAUUUCACAUCAGCAAAUUCAUACGAGUUAAACCCUUUGACUGUAAUGACAUUGGGAAAGCCUUCACUUGAAAGAACCAUUUUCUUCAAUAUCAGAGAAUUCAUAGGGAAAAGAAACCCUUUUAAUUCAGAGAAUAUGGGGCAGGGGGACUUCAUUCAGAUAACAUCACAUAGCUUCCAUCAGGCAAUUCACACUGGAAAUAAAUGCUUUGCAUGUAAUAACUUUGAAAAAGCCUUUUAAAAGGACCAACUUCCUGAAUAUAUUUUUAAAAUUCAUAUUAGAAGCCCACUGAGUGUACAGGAUGUAAAAACGAAAUUUCAACCAUAAAUCAUCAUUUAGUGGGCAUGAAAGAAUUCAUAUGGGGGAGAAUUCCUGUUAAUGUAAUUAAGGUAGAAAAGCUUUCCAAUUUAAAAUAAAACUUAGUAAACCUAAGAAAAUUCC